CAGUCUGGUUAAUUUUGAAUAGCGUUAACAUUUCUGUCUAAAAAUAAUAUAUCCAUGAUGUUUACACAGAAGGCCCAAGUUCUCCUGUAUUAAUAAAUGUAUUAGAGGGUCCCAGGACAAGAAAGAGGAUUGGCGUGAACAACCAUGGCCGGGCACCGCUUCCCAGUACCCCGAUUCGAGGGCGUUUCGCAGGAGCAGUUCAUAGAGCACGUGUAUCCGCAGAGAAAACCUCUAGUGUUGGAAGGAGUUGAUUUGGGAGCGUGUAUGAGCAAAUGGACAGUGGAUUACCUCAGCCAAAUCGGAGGGAGGAAGAGAACUUUACCUUUUGACAAGUUGGUACAAAGGGCAGCUGAAGAAAAGCAUACGGAAUUCUUUAUUUCAGAGGAUGAGAAGUACUACCUUCGAUCACUUGGAGAAGACCCUAGAAAGGAUGUUGCAGAUAUCAGAAAGCAGUUUCCUUUAUUGGAAAGAGACAUUAAGUUUCCAAAAUUCUUCAAAGAAGAGCAGUUCUUUUCCAGUGUUUUUCGAAUCAGCUCACCAGGAUUACAACUUUGGACACACUAUGAUGUAAUGGAGAAUUUCUUAAUACAAGUGACAGGAAAAAAGCAUGUUGUACUGUUCAGUCCUCGAGAUGCCCAAUAUUUAUAUUUAUUAGGUUCUAAGUCAGAAGUACUGAACAUAGAUAACCCAGACUUAGCUAAAUAUCUGCUGUUUUCCAAGGCUAGAAGGUAUGAAUGUUUCCUUAAAGCUGGAGAUGUGCUAUUCAUUCCUGCUUUAUGGUUCCAUAAUGUAAUUUCUGAAGAGUUUGGAGUGGGAGUGAAUGUCUUUUGGAAGCACCUUCCAUCUGAAUGCUAUGAUAAAACGGAUACCUAUGGAAACAAAGAUCUGACGGCAGCAUCAAGAGCUGUACAAAUUUUGGACAGAGCCUUAAAAACACUGGCUGAAUUACCAGAGGAAUACAGGGACUUCUAUGCACGGCGAAUGGUCUUGCACAUUCAAGACAAAGCCUAUAGCAAAAACUUUGAAUGAAUAAGGAAAUGAAUGCAGUGAGCAUAAACUUUUAAAUACAGUUCAGCCCAAAUAUUGGAAAAGUGUAACAAGAUGUAAAUUAGUUUUUUAAAGAUUUAAUCUUUUUUAAAAUAGGAAAGAUAAAUCAAUCUCAGAUUUACAAAAAAAAUAAAAAUAAAU